AUGAAAGAUAUAAUGAAGGAAGUGGAAGGUAAAGUGAAGUUUUCAAUGGCGGAUUCGACGAUAAUGUUACUUGUACAACAAGCAAUGGACAAAGCACAUGAAAAGAUCAAUACCAAACACGGUCUUCUCCUCCGUCUCAACGCCAUAUCCAUUUUCUACGAGCUCGCUGUGUUACAGCUCGAGAGCUGUCUAAGUUUCGUGAAACAAGAGACCGAUAAACUCGAGAGCAACCACGAGGAAGUGGUUCGCGAUCUGAGAGAGAUCAAAGACAGGCUUCACCACCGUCUCUUAGAGACAGAGCUAGCGAUACUUGAGAAAGACAGGGAGUUGUUAGAGAGGUCUGAGAACGAAGAGAGCCUGAGAAACGUGUUGGAGAGUAAAGAAACAGAGUUGGUUCAUUUGCAAGAUCUUGAGAGGAAUAGAAGUCAUGAUAAGAUUGGGGGGUUUAUCAAAGAAGAUGAGUUUUCAGAGCUGAAAAGCUCCGUUGAUCAACAAGUGAUGAAUCUCAGACAAAAGCUUGAGACAGAGUAUAAUGAACUGGGAACAGAGGAUCCUUCAGGGGUUGAUAUUGAUGUUUUGAAAGGGACAAUGGAUCUUGCUUUCAACAAGAUGCAUCACGCGAUUUUCUUGUCAGAAUUGGGUCCGAUGGAGCAGAGUUGGAGAUGGUCGAUAGAGAGAGAUUCAAUGGCGUUACUGAUAAAAGGUUUCAUGAAUGGUUUAGAGGAGAAGAAGAAGAGGGUAAUGAUGGUUGUGAGAGAUUAUGAAUCGGGUUUUAAAGAUCAGGUUUGUUCGAUUCGUAGGGAGGUAGAGUGUUUAGAAUCUCAGAUUGAUCAGAUCAUCGUACACAGAUCAUCUCCUAGAUCAUGUGUAGCAACAGCAGCAACAACAUCAUCAUCUUCAUUAGAUUGUGACAUUGCUCAUGAUGAUGUUGAUAAAGAAGAAGAAGAAAAUGAAAAAGAAGAAGAAGAUUCAAGCAAUUAUCCUGUUUCGAAGUUGAUUAAGAGCCAUGAAUCAAUAAUUAGGAGGAAAAGCGAAGAGCUUGUUCCUCCCAAAAUCGAGUCUGUUAAGCGACAGAGGAGCAGCAACAUCUCUAGCUCGAAGCGAGGUAUUGAUGAUAUCUUUACAGGUCUUGAUAGCUUGAUGAGUCUUAACACUAAGCUAUUCGAACAUGUGUUUGAUGAUGAUGAUAAUUAUGAUCAUGAAGUGGUGAUCAUGGAUGAAAGUUUGGAUGAUGUUUGGAUGAAAAUGCAAAAUAAUAGAUCGGUGUAUUCAGACAAUGUGAUAGAGGAGAAAGUGAAAGAAGAUGCGGAGAUGAGAUUUAUGAUCUUGGAAGAUACUUACUUGACUCUUCUCAAAGGUCUAUUAGCAGAUAACAUCACAAACAGUGAAGAGAAAGAAGAACAAGAAGAAGAAGAAGAAGAAGAAAUCGAGGGUGAAAAGAUGGAAUUCGGGUUUAAAUGUAUGAGUUGUUUAGAGAAUUUGAAAAAGGAGAACGAUUCUGAGAUUCUGCAUGAAGAUGACGAAUUCAGACAAGAACUGGAUUGGAUAAUUGUUACAGAGCUGCUAAGAGAAGCUUCAGAGACUAUAGAGACUCAUGAAAGAAUUGAAGCAAACAAUAAAAGGAUGAUUAAGGAAGAAGGAAACAGAGCUUGCUUGCAAACUUCUCUAGUUUUAGAUGAUUUUGAUUUCAAGAUUCAAGAGAAGUUUAAGAUGGUAACUUCCAGGUGA